UUGUAACCGCCCCCCACACACACACACCCGCGCGCACGGUCAAACAGGGUGCACACCCUUGUGCUUAUAAGCUAGCCAGCUAACCAUGGUAUACAUAUGGCACUCACAACAUUCCCUGGACUCAACCAAGACCUACCCCGCAGACACAGGUGUGCACAGUCAGGCCUGAGCCACGUGGGCACACUCCUGCACCGCGUACCGCGCCCUGACUGCCAAGGCACAAGCAGAUGGCCUAAAGAUGGGUUGGCCCCAAAGGGCACACAGCAGCUGCGGCAGCCGUGGCUAGGGCGCCACUACCACGUCCUCUGGCGACUCCCAGGCCCCGGGCCUGCCCCUCUCCGCCCCCGCGCGCGCCCGCGCCGCCGCCGGCGCCGCCACGCCACGCUGCAGUCAGCGUCCACCCCACCCGUUCAGACCUGAGGCUUGCAGCUCCCGGCUCCCGCGCAUCCCUUCUGAGCCGCUGGCGCCGGCGCGCAGGACUGAGCAAGGGACGGAGGACCGCAGCCGGCGCGGCCGGAGUAGGGGGAAGGCAGAAGCAGCCAACUCUGCGCAGCCCGCGGGCGGGCCCCUAGCUGCGGCAGCGGCUGCAGGCUGGCUGUCCGGAGUGGCCCUGCUCGCGGGGGAACGGUGGGACAGACAGCAGGAGAGAGUGCUUGCAGACCGCAAGCGGCAUGGUGCGGCUGCGGACCCCACAGGGCCCCGCAGCGCAGGGGCUGCUGGCGCUGUCCGUGCUGAGCCUGUGCCUAAUGAUCCAAGUCAGUGCCAAGAGACCCCCCAAGACUCCCCCCUGCCCGCCCAGCUGCUCCUGCACCAGGGACACAGCCUUCUGCGUGGACUCCAAGGCCGUGCCCAGGAGCCUGCCCUCCGAGGUCAUCUCCCUGACCCUGGUGAACGCAGCCUUCUCCGAGAUCCAGGAGGGAGCUUUCUCCCAUCUACCGCUGCUGCAGUUCCUGUUGCUCAACUCCAACAAGUUCACGCUGAUUGGAGACAACGCCUUCUCAGGACUGUCCCACCUACAGUACCUCUUCAUUGAAAACAAUGACAUCUGGGCCCUGUCAAAGUUCACCUUCAGAGGGCUGAAAUCCUUGACCCACCUUUCGCUGGCCAACAACAACCUGCAAACACUCCCAAGAGACAUCUUUCGACCCCUGGACAUCCUGAGCGACUUGGACCUGAGGGGUAACUCCCUGAACUGUGACUGCAAGGUGAAGUGGCUGGUGGAGUGGCUGGCACACACCAAUACCACCGUGGCCCCCAUCUACUGCGCCAGCCCACCCCGCUUCCAGGAGCAGAAGGUGCAGGACCUGCCGUUGCGGGAGUUUGACUGUAUCACCACGGAUUUCGUGUUGUAUCAGACCCUGCCCUUCCCCGCCGUCUCGGCCGAGCCCUUCCUGUACUCCAGCGACCUCUAUGUGGCCGUGGCCCAGCCAGGUGCCAGCGCUUGCACUGUCCUGAAGUGGGACUAUGUUGAAAGGCAGCUUCGCGACUACGAUAGGAUCCCAGCCCCAUCGGCUGUGCACUGCAAACCGAUGGUGGUGGACGGCCAGCUGUACAUGGUGGUGGCCCAGCUGUUUGGUGGCUCCUACAUCUACCACUGGGACCCCAACACUACGCGCUUCACGAAGCUGCAGGACAUCGACCCACAGCGCGUGCGGAAGCCCAACGACCUAGAGGCCUUCCGCAUCGACGGCGACUGGUACUUCGCCGUGGCCGACAGCUCCAAGGCGGGCGCCACCAGCCUCUACCGCUGGCACCAGAAUGGCUUCUACUCCCACCAGGCCCUGCACCCCUGGCACCGGGACACCGACCUAGAGUUUGUGGAUGGUGAGGGCAAGCCGCGGCUCAUCGUGUCCAGCAGCUCCCAGGCGCCUGUCAUCUACCAGUGGAGCCGCAGCCAGAAACAGUUUGUGGCCCAGGGGGAGGUGAGCCAGGUGCCCGACGCCCAGGCUGUGAAGCACUUCCGUGUGGGCCGCGACAGCUACCUGUGUCUCAGUCGCUACAUCGGAGACUCCAAGAUCCUGCGUUGGGAAGGCACUCGCUUCUCAGAAGUUCAGGCCCUGCCCUCCCGGGGCUCGCUGGCUUUGCAGCCCUUCCUGGUGGGCGGCCGCCGCUACCUGGCGUUGGGCAGCGACUUCUCCUUCACCCAGAUCUACCAGUGGGAUGAGGGGCGGCAGAAAUUCGUACGUUUCCAGGAGCUUGCUGUGCAGGCCCCCCGGGCCUUCUGUUAUAUGCCCGCUGGAGAUGCCCAGUUGCUCCUGGCCCCCAGCUUCAAGGGACAGACGCUGGUAUACCGACACGUGGUGGUGGAUCUCAGUGCCUAAUGGGGUGGGAAAAGGGACAGAAAACCGGCAGGUACAUCCCAGGUGGAGGAGAUACUGCAUAGCCACUACAUCUG